GAAAGUCUCAUCGCGAGACUGAGAAUCAACAUGGCUUGCUUCCAUAGAUUUCGCUAGCCAUUUUAGUCAAUAGAAAAAUCUAAAAAUCUGCGAGUUUGAGUUGUCUACACGAAUUCCAAAUGACUCGGCUGAUAAAGAAAGUACUGUAGCUACAUACAGCAACUGCUCUUCCAGGUUUCUUGCAUCUUUGUUAACGAGCUAGUUAGAUAACGUUAACUGAGCCUGCCAUCCAGAGCUAACCUUGUUUAGCUGUCUAGCUAGCUUGAUUCGCCUGGCUGCACUCUUCACAGUCUUCAGUGUUUGUUUUAUGUGACAUCCUCCUCAUCACCACCCCACUUGAUUGACAGCAAAGAAGUGCUCCUCUCCUUGGGACUCGGUGUAACCCUCCACCCUAUCUACCCCUGGUGCCCCCAGAGCAGGCGGUAAGGGACACCAUCAUUGCCACGAUGCUGGAGUCUGUAAGGAACACGUUUCACGCCCAGCUGGCCACCGUCAUGGACUCCCUGCUGGCGGCGGCGGUGUGUGAGAUCGCCAAGAUCUUUGAGAGCAGUCUGUGUGAGCAGCAGGAGGAGCUGACGCAGAGAGGAGAGGAGAUCACAGGACUGAGGGGGAGGCUGGAGAGGGCAGAGAGGAGGCUGAAGAAGGAAGGAGAGGAAGAAGAAGGAGAAGGCCUAUUGGACGUGGUAGAAGGACCAGAGAGAAAAACAGGAGGAGAUGGCAGCCCUAGGCAGCAGUCUGAACCAAGAGCUGGUUCAAGCUGGGAUUCGGAUGCGGCCUCUGAGACCCCCAAAUUGGUCCAGGACAGCGGGUGUAAGAAGCCCCCCAGGAUGAAAAAGGAGGGGACUGAGCUGGAGGGGUCCUCCAUCAAAGAAGAGCUUAAACAUUGCCCUCUUCCACAGUUUGAGGAGCCCCACCCUGCCCCUGUAGAGGGGGAGGAGGAGGGCCAAGGGCCAGGGAGGAGCUCUUCUGCUGGGGUUCAGAGGCUAGGAGACCCCUUGUCUGACACAACAGGGACCAAGGUGAAGUUAUCCCAUUGGGAGGGAGACCCUAGACCUCUUCAGAGCCAGAGCUCCACCUCCUUCUUCCAUGGCCCCCGGGUUGGACAUUUCUCUCCCAGACCCGACCACAGGUCUCCUGGGCUUGACCCCUGGGCCAGUGGGGUUCCUCUAGAGCUUCAGGAUCCCAGCUUCCUGGACCAGAGCCCAGACCAGGUACUAGAGCAGAGAGAGCUCCGACAGUCACACGACCAAACCAACCAAUCCCAGAGAGGCCUGAGACCAAGAGACGACAGAGGGAGGGGCCUAGUUCAUCAGAACCGCUGGUCAUUGGCUGCCAAGGACCCAGUCAGACCACACCCCAACACACACGCUCACAAACACGCACAAGGUCAUGCACACACACUGGGCGGGGCGAGACCCUACACUUGCCCGUACUGCGGCAAGAGCUUCAGCUACCCAUCCCACCAGCGCAGGCACCUGCUGCGCCACACGGGGGUGAGGAUGUACCCCUGCUUGGUGUGCGACAAGAGCUUCCUGACUCCGUCAGAGCUCACGGUGCACACCCGCGUCCACACAGGGGAAAGGCCGUUCGGCUGCACCCAGUGUGGGAAGCGUUUUGCCCGUAGCGGGAACCUCCGGGCCCACCAGAGAGACGUCCACCUGGGGAAGAGACCCUUUGUCUGCCAGGAGUGCGGCAAGAGGUUCGCCCACAGGGGCAACCUGAGGGUGCACUACCAGAAGGUACACCAGGGCCUGCCAUACCAUGAGGAUGAGUACGACCAGGAUGGCAACGCUCUCCCCUCUACUGGUUAAAGGGACAGGAAAACAGGGUCACAUUCUGUAGGAGCUAAUGGGAGAAAACAUUUUGAAAUGGAAAAUGAGUGUUCUUACAGUGCAUUCGGGAAGUAUUCAGACCCCUUGACUUUUUCCACAUUUUGUUACGUUACAGCCUU